AUGACGAUCGCGGGGCCUGGAAGUUGGAAGCUGAUAGAUCGAAAUCCCGAGGUUGCGGUCUGCAAGUUCUACCUUAGUGCAGUCAGUGUAUUCCACUCGACGGCGGGACGAAUCAGCCUUUUGCUGCAUGAUGUGUUGUGGGAGAUGCAAUGGAGAGUGUCCGAUCGGGCCAAUGGCAAUGGUGUUGGUGUUGGUGUUGGUGUUUUGUCAAUGUCGUUAUUAUUCACUGGGAGUACAUACUCCUAUAUCCUCCGUAAAGUGUCGAACGAAGUCUAUGUUCUAGGAGUGUAA